CUUGCUUUUCGGUUGUGAUAGUUUUCCGAUAUGACUUUUCGGGAAGAGCUGUUGCAGCUGAAAUGCAAGGUGAUCGGCACGCAGUGGACUCGCUACAGUCGUCUUGGUUGGAGAAUUGCGGGGCGAUGGAAUCGCGUAAUAUAUGCUCUGCACUUUAGCUGCAUUUCAUUUCGCUGAUCUUUUCUAUCUCUACUUCUUCUGUGCUCAUACGAUCACCUUGAGAUUUCAGAGAUGGUUUUUCGCAAAUACAGACCUCAAAAACAAUGGGGUAAAGUGGAUACGAGGGUUUUUAAGGCUAUACUCAAGGCUCGAAAUGAAAGACGAAUGCCAGUGUUUCGAGUGCCCGCUGCUGUCAAGGCUUCAGGUAUCACGAUAGAAGACCCGAAUAGUCCAUCGUUCUUCACGCCUAUCGUUGGACAUAGAUCUCUUCCUGAUCUUAGAGAGACUCACCCAGCUUUUCGAGUGCCUUCUAUCGAGGAGCACCCCUUUUAUCACAAAACAAGCUGCUUUCUGUUCGAUGGCAGUAUACCGAUGAGCGACGGUAUUGAUCAAGCAGGAUUGCUUUGUAAGGCAGUAGUGAAACAAGGUUUACCGGAAGCUAUGCUGCAUCAAAUUGGACAAAUUGACAUAGCAGAGGACUUGAUCCGUGAUGCGAUCCUCCACGGCGAGAAAUACGAUCCAACUCUUGAGAAGCUACCAAAACGAUUCGAUCCGGUUUUGUUUUGGAUCAGACACCCUAGAGUCUACGGAACACCUGUCAUAAAGCGACUAAAUAUUAUUCUUGACAAUUUAACAAGGAUCGGUUUAUUCAAUGGUCUGCAUAGCGGAAAGCUCAGCGAUCACUUGAGGAUUGACCGUGAUGAACCGAUCUCUUCGUUCCUGCCAACAACAGGUCUUUUUUCGGAGAAACCGUUUGUACUUCGAUCUCAACCACAUAUUACCUUGCAAUCAACCAAGCCUGGCGCAGUUUGGGCAGACGAAGCGAUGGUGAAGGAGUUCAGUAAACAACAGCUUCCAUCUGUGGAACCACUCUCCCCUGUUAUCGACCUCUCUACAGACCAUAUCUAUAACGAUACUGCUGUGGUGGCUCGCCCCAAAGCAUCUUUAUCAAUACACACAUUGCUUUGGUCACGAGAGCAAGAUCAGAAGUACCCAUGGACAAAGGAGCAGAAUGCAGCAAAUGCAAUUCUUCAUACUUUUGGUGCAGCACUGGCAGAAGCGACCAGGAGAGGAGAGCAUAGGGAUUUGAAAAAGCACCCAGUAGUCGUCAAAGGUGUACAGUUGGUAAAUGGUAACAUGGAUAUUGUAACGAUGCAACUUAACACCCUUAACCUGGAAGAGGAAGAUCCCAUAAAAAAUGUGGUCUGGCUGGAAAAAGCCUCCCCACUGUACACACCAAAGCCUUUCUACGAACAAUUGACAGAAAUUGCCCAUUUUAUGUCAGAAUUGUUAAUAUUGCAAAAACACGUGAAGUUUUUGAUUAGGCAUUUAAACGUGUUUCCUGAACAGUACUGCACUCUAGACACAAAUAGGCUCACGCUUCUGUUUUUCGCCGUAUCAGCGCUCGACUUGCUGGGUGAGCUGGACAGCUUGUUAACAGAAGAACGGAGAAGUUCGAUAAUCGACUGGAUAUACCGCCUUCAAGUUACAUCUGGAAAAUGGUGUGGUUUCCGUGGAAGUUUGGGUUUUCCACCAAAUGUCGAAGGAGAAGUACAUAGUGUAGCCAACUUAGCACAAACUUACAGUGGUCUGUUAUGCUUGGCAAUCCUGGGUGACAAUCUACAAGGCGUCAAUAGGCAGGCCGUCCUCUCCUCUAUUAGAGCCUCUCAGAGAGAAGACGGAAGUUUCUGGAGCGAAGGACAAGGGUCUGAAAGCGACAUGCGAUUUGUAUAUUGUGCGGUUGCUAUCUGCCAUAUAUUGCAAGAUUAUUCAUAUAUCAAUUGGGAUUUGUUGAGAAGUUUUAUCAGAUCUAGUCUGAAUUAUGACGGCGGAAUAGGGCAAGGUCCCGGAGACGAAAGUCAUGGAGGAUCAACAUUCUGUGCCAUUGCUUCUUUAUCACUCGCUAAUCGUCUUUGGGAUGAGUCAGUGCUGACUCGAAAAGAAAUUAGUCGAUUGGUUAAAUGGGCUUUAUGGAAACAUGAUCAUGGUUUUCAUGGCAGAGCUCAUAAGGACGACGAUAGUUGCUAUGCUUUUUGGAUAGGUGCUACUCUAGAGAUUCUAAACGCUGAUCGUCAUCUGGAUAAAGAUAGGCUUCGAUCUUUCCUGCUCAUUGCUCAACAUCAGCCCCUGGGUGGGUUUUGCAAAGUUCCUGAUCCUACAGGCUUCCCAGACUUGCUCCAUACUUACUUCUCUUUGGCUGCUUUUUCGUUAUUACGGGAACCAGGCUUCUCGCCUAUCCAUGCUUCAUUGAAUGUGUCGAGACAUGUCUAUGAAAAGAUAUUGAAAUGUACCGGUUGA